AUGAAAUCAAUGGAUUUCAAGGUGCAGUUGGUAGAGUCGUCGUUUGUAACGCCGACCGAGCCGUCACCAAGGAAGGAGCUUUGGCUCUCUUCUUUAGACCUCGUGCAGGCCAACAAAGGCCACACCCCAACGAUCUACCUGUACAGCUCCAACGAUAUUGCUGCUGCUGAUUUCUUCAACGUGGCCAGGCUCAAGGAGGCUAUGGCCAAGGCCUUGGUGGCCUUCUACCCCCUCACCGGCCGCCUUGGCGUCAACGACGAUGACGAUAGGAUGGAGAUCAGCUGCAACGGAGAAGGUGCACUCUUUGUUGUCGCUCACGCUGAUGAUCUCAGUGUCGAUGACGUCAAGCAAUUCAAGCCAUCGCCAGAGCUGAGGAGACUGUUUGUUCCACGUAUUGAGCCAUCGUCCAUCAUAAUGGCCAUACAGGUCCACUACUUUUCUUUGCUUCCAUGCUUUUUAAUAUUUUUCAACUUUCGACUCUCACGGUAG